UAUACGAAAAGCUCUGCAUCACUGCACCAGUUCAUAUUUGAGAUAAAUCGCGAUAUAAUUUGACCGAAGUUAUACCCAUAAUCAGCACUGUACAUAUGUAAGUGGGUUCUAUGUGUUAAUAAUAUCGGAAAUAGUUAAUGUGUAAUUUUCGUUCUAAAAUUGUAAAUUGAAAACGAGUUCCAUAGUCUUUGUAAGUUUUUUAGUGUGCAAAUUCUGAGCUAAAAUUUGAAUUAAAAUUGAAUGUGAUUUAAUUGAAUAAAAUCCUUCAUUUCGUGCACAAAAAUAACUAAAGAUGAACGCAUCAACUGGAGAACCAUUUUGCGGAACCACUUUGCUGACCAUUGGAGAAUAUUACUCGAGCAAUAUCAGCGGCUACUUCAAUAUUCCAAUAUGUGUGAUCGGAGUGAUUCUCAACCUACUCAACAUAUUGGUAUUCACGAAGGAAAACAUGAUCUCACCGGUGAACCUAAUAUUCACUCGUCUUGCCAUGGCAGAUUUAGCAGUUUUAGUAGCAUCCAUACCAUUUACAUAUAUUGAAAACAUUCUACGUGACGGACGUAUCAAAGAAAGAUGGACUUACGCAGAGGCAGUUGUUUAUGUAUGUAGCAAUCAUUUUGCAACCACACUACAUUUUAUAUCUGUAUUCCUCACAAUACAGUUGGCUGUGUGGAGAUACAUAGCUAUAGCAUAUCCGUUGAAGGAACGCCAAUGGUGCAGUAUGAGAAUCACACGUAAAUUGAUGGUUAUUGGCUAUGUGGUGUGCUUUUUGCUCAGCAUACCGAUAUAUUUUUCACGACGCAUUGAGCAUCAAGUGAUUAAUUACAGAGUCACUUAUACAACAAAUUCGGUGCUGUUUCUAACAUCACGUAUAAUAUUCUCAGUGCUGGGUGCAUUACUGCCAUCAAUUGUUCUCACAGUGGUCAGUUUAAGAUUGAUCAUCAUUUUAUUCGCAAGAAAAACUCAUCACGGACAAUCGCACCUCGAACAUGGAAACCGCCGUCGAACAGAACAACUCGAUCGAUCAAUAAUAAUACUGUUGGCAGUUUUGGUGUUAUUUUUAACCGCUGAGUUUCCAAGAGGAAUGCUGUUUUUAUCUACAGUGAUAUUUAACGUCAGAAAGAGUGAUAUUAAUUAUCGUUGCUAUACUUCGCUGUUAUCAAUAUUUCUAUCCGUAGUUUAUAUGAAUACGUCGAUCACGUUUUUCGUAUAUUAUACCAUGAGUCAACAAUUCAGAAUCACGUUCAAAUCCUUGUACAAUCGUAGUACGGGUUCUAUGCAAAACGAGACAAAUGUUUCGCCGAGGAUACAGAAAACUAGUACAGUUACGGAAAUCGUAGAAAGCUGAUCAAAGUUUACUAGAAUAGAUUCAAGAUUUUCCAAGUAGCUAUCAGCAUUGUACAUGAGCACAUUUAGGAAACAAUUGCAUAUUUUUUUUGCAAAAUUAAAUACCUAAAUGUUACGUUUUAUUUUUUAUUCGUGUGUACUUCAGUUUUUAUUGGUAAAACUAUGAAAUAUAAUUG